AUGGUACCCCAAUCUCUUUGUGAUAUCUCUUAUUUGGACAUUUCCAAUAAUUGUUUGAAGGGUCCCAUUCCACAUUGGAGAAAAAGGAUUAACAUUGUUAAAGGAGUUGCAUCUGCUCUAUCAUAUCUUCAUCAUGAUUUCACCUUUCCAAUAGUGCAUAGAGAUGUAUCUACUAGCAAUAUCUUUCUAAACUCGGAAUGGCAGCCUAGUGUUUCUGACUUUGGUAUAGCUCGACUCCUUCAAUGUGAUUCAUCCAAUCGAACAAUAGUUGCUGGAACUAUUGGAUAUAUAGCUCCUGAGCUCGCCUAUACUAUGGUUGUAAGUGAAAAGUGUGAUGUAUAUAGUUUUGGGGUAAUGGCACUUGAAAUUUUAUUGGGAAGACAUCCUGAGGAAAUAUUGUCAUCACUUCAAUUAACAUCAACUCAAGACAUCAAACUACGUGAAGUACUAGACAAACGUCUCCAACGUCCAAAUAAUGAGAUGGUUUCACUUCACAUUAUUCAGAAGAUGAAAAGAAUAUAUGCUGACAGGCCAGUGAUAGAUCAUGCAUAUGUUUCCGAAUAUAUGCACAAGUUGAAGGAUCGAUUUCUAAAUGCUCCUCAUGUGUUUCCAUCGUUUAUAAACAUAGUGAGUAGCUAUUUACAUGGAGAAAAGAGUUUUGACGUUGUCAUUCGAGAGGUUGGUUUACUUUUUGAAGGCAAUGGUGAUGAUCUUAUCGAUGAGCUUAAUAAUUGGUUUAGUUCUUGA